CAGAAUUAGGACAGUUGUGUCACUCACAAGUUGUGCUUCUACUCAGCAAUUUAUUUCUACACCAUGAAGGUCAUCAUAGCCACAACCUUGUUAGUGGUUCUGGCUCUGGCAGAGCCUCCACCGGCGCCGUCUCACAGCUACCUGCCGCCCUCGUCCCGCAGCCAGCAGGGCUACUCGCAAGGCCCUCCCUCGGGCUACGCAGCGACCGCCGGCCCCCAGAUUGUGGCAGCCAGGACCUUGGGCCAGGGCCGCGGUGCUCACGACCAUGGGCCGCAUGGCGCGGCUGCUCAGGGCAAUGAUUUUGCGAGGAGUGGUCUCCACGCUCACGGAAGUCUUGGAGCCCGUGGCCGCAACUCUCAGAGCGGGUACCCCAGCGGAGACCAGGGGUAUGAUCAGAACGCCUCUCCCUUCGGCAGGAAUGCUCUAGAUGACGCCAAUCCUGAACCUGCAAAUUACAACUUUGGAUACAUGGUGAAUGAUUAUCAAGAAGGCACAGAUUUCGGUCAUCAUGAAGAGAGACAGGAAGAGAAAGCUUUGGGAGAAUACCAUGUAGUACUCCCUGAUGGCAGAAAACAGACUGUGAGCUACGAAGCCGACGAGCGAGGCUUCAAGCCUCACAUCUCCUACGAAGAUGCAGAUUCCGACAGCUUCGGCCGCUCAGGGUACGAUUCCAACGCCAACAACUUGCGACAAAAUGGAGGUAGUCACCAUGGCAACAGCUUCGGUAACCAUGGCAACGCGCGUAAUGGCGGGUACUGACUCGUCGUGAGCCCUAUGUACAUUGUUAUAAGCAUCAUUUUGCAAUGUAUUUAAAGUAGUUUAUUUAUUUUUUCUUUGGCAAUCGGCACUGGCAAGUACAAAUUAAUGUAAGUUGCAUUGGUGAAAUAUGCAAAAAUGUUACAAAAACUUGGUACCUACGGAUUUAAG